AUGCCCCUCCGCCACAGUCUAGAAUCCCACCACCCACGCCCACCCCUCGCUCGCUCCCGAAACGGGAGAGAGAGAAAGGCACGACCGCGUGUUUCAGACUUGAUCCUAACUAUCCCCCAAACCUGUCUCACCCCACUUCCCUCCCGAACGGCUCGGAAGCUAACUCCCGCGACCCCUGACACUGACACUCUCUCUGACAUCUCCGCCCUCUUGGCUGCGACGACGGACGUUGAGGCGUCGGAGAAUUUCCAGGCUCCUUCCACAUGCGGCAGGGAUGGGCUGAUGGCUGAUGAGGUUUCAGGUGGGUUUGCGCCCGAUGCUUUGUCCAUGUUUUUGUGGCGUACUCCGUACCCAGCAAUGAUUGAUAUCGGUAUCUCCGCUGGAUGGGUUGGAGAUGUUGCGGGCAACCUCAUUGCGCGGGGCGUAGAGUGGUCAUCCACUGUCUCUCCACUGGACAGGGACGACUUGGUCCUUCGUAAAGAGAUUGAAAUGUGGCUGCUAGUGGAGUUCUGCGAGGAUUGCCAUGGAGAUCGACGACCGAGUGGUAUCUCCAGGUCUCUCGCGCCCGGGAAGGAUUUCGACUGUACGAAGUACUUCAAAGGAACGCACGAGCAACGCAGGUGCAUCACGAACUACUAA